AACCUCACCGUGACCGUCACCGACUGUGAGAAAGGGCUUCCUACGUGGUAAUAUAUUUGGCAACCCUAAUACCAGCCCUCUAUUUCUCAAACCCUAAACUCCAGUUUUUAAGAUAGUUGUUAUUGAUCAAAAUAAAAUUAGGAGAUGCCGGGUCUAACCUGCAACGCAUGUAACAAAGAAUUCCUGGACGAUGCAGACCAGAAGCUUCAUUACAAGUCUGAUUGGCAUCGCUACAAUCUCAAGCGCAAGGUAGCUGGAGUUCCGGGAGUGACGGAAGCUCUGUUUCUGGCAAGACAAUCGGCACUUGCUCAAGAGAAAGAGAAGCAGAAUGAGACCCCCAUGCUUUACAGUUGUGGUGUUUGUGGCAAGGGCUAUCGAAGUUCCAAGGCUUAUUCUCAGCAUCUCAAGUCACGAGCCCAUAUCAUGCAGGCUUCUCAAGGGACCAAUCACCCUCAAGAGGUGAAGGCAAUUAUCAAGCCACUUCCUCGUCGAACCGUGAACAAACCUCCCCAACCCAGGGAUAGAAAUGAUGAUGAAAGCCAAGAUGAGUGGGAGGAAGUUGAUCCAGAAGAAGAGUUGGUUGGUCAGGCUGCAAAUUCUUUAACCCAUUUGAAUGUUACCGAGGAUGGAGCUGGUGAUGAAAUGGAAGAAGAAGAGGAGGAGGAGGAGGAGCUAGAUCCAUGCUGUUGUUUUAUGUGCGACCUUGAGCAUGAUACCAUUGAAAGUUGCAUGGUUCACAUGCAUAAGUUACAUGGUUUCUUCAUACCUGAUGUUGAGUAUUUGAAGGACCCAGAAGGCUUGCUCACCUAUCUUGGCCUUAAGGUUAAGAGGGAUUUCAUGUGUCUGUAUUGUAACGAAAGGUGUCAUCCUUUCGCUAGCUUGGAAGCUGUUAGGAAACAUAUGGCAGCCAAAGGUCAUUGCAAGGUGCAUUAUGGUGAUGGUGAUGAAGAAGAGGAAGCAGAGUUGGAAGAAUUCUAUGAUUAUAGCAGCAGCUACGUGGAUGAGAGUGGGAAGCAGUUGGUUGCAGCUGGUGAUACAGGCAACUCAGUAGAACUUGUCGGUGGUUCAGAGCUUGUUAUAACCAAAAGAAGUGAUGAGGGAAUAUUGAGUAAAACACUUGGUUCCCGAGAAUACAUGCGCUACUAUCGGCAGAAGCCUCGUCCAUCACCUGCAAAUAACAUGGCCAUUACAGCUGCCUUGGCCUCAAGGUACAGGAGUAUGGGCAUAGCAACCGUGCAGUCAAGAGAGCAAAUGGUGAGAAUGAAAGUGAUGAAAGCAAUGAAUAGAGGGGGUGUGGAGGCAAUGCGUACAAAAGUUGGCGUGAAGAAUAAUGUCAUUCGGAACUUGCCCAAGAAUGUUCCGUAUUAGUCAGCACAUGGGUUAUCCUUCUCAGCAUUAUUAUAUUGUAAAUGUUGAGAACAUAGCACUUUUUUUAAUUUUGCUUGUACUGUCCCCAGUAAAAUCUAAGAUGUUAUGUCGGCUGUUUGAAAUGAAAAUGGAAGUAGAUGGAGGACUCGCAAUACAAUACAACGAAUACAAUUGGUUGAUUUGCUGAAAAGUGAUAUUAGGUAAUUUGUUCA